AUGUCUGCUCAACAACUCUGGGACAACGCUUUAUCGAUGAUUAGUGUCACCGAGAAGCAUGAUUUUUUGGUGGCAAUGGUCGACGGAACACUUUCCAACGACAGUUUCAAGUAUUAUGUGGUGCAAGAUGCAUUGUAUCUUGAUGACUUUGCCGACUGUCUUCGUCGCUUAGCAGAAUCUGCAGGCUCCGAAGAAGACUCCAAACGAUUGAAGGCUUUCGCAACUGGAGCUGAAGAAGCGGAAAUGGCACUGCACAACUCUUUCUUCAAGCAAUGGGACAUCUCAGCAGAGGGCGCAAAGCAAAUGCCACACACUUUGUUGUAUACAUCAUACAUGAAGCGCGUUGUGGCUACAAGAUCACACAAACAAGGACUAGCUGCUCUUCUUCCUUGCUUUUGGGUUUACAUGCACGUUGGGAAGUGCAUGCUGAAACUUCGAGAGGAACUUGGUGAAUGCAAUCGCCCACCGCAAUUUGACGCGUGGAUUGACAUGUAUGGAGGAGACGACUUUGAAAGAGAAGUAAAGGAGUACAUUGAGCUUGUCGACGCCGAAUGCAAGGUUGCAACCGAGGAAGAGUUGAAGGAAAUGCAAGAACACUUCAAUAUGUGCUGUAAGCUGGAACACAUGUUCUGGGACCAGGCAAGCAAACAAAUGGAUUGGCCAAGUCUUGGCGGCAUGUAA